GUGUGCAUAGCAGACAACCUUUAAUGCAGCAGUUGUGAGAGUGUCAGAUAAGAGAGAGGGAGACACAUUUUAACAAUUUGUGGGAUUAUACGUGUGGGAACUCAUUGAUCGCCGUAGAGGGCUAAAGUGUUAUUAGUGUCGCAGAGAGUAGCCCCAGUUAUUUACACGUUGAUCGUUGCAGAUGAUGAUGCAUUUGCGUGAAAAUAUUCCGAGCAUCGAGUGACAACACUUUUGUAGUGCUGCUGACUCUCCCUUCGUAUAAUACGCAGCGCUCUCGGAUUUUCUUAUUGAUUUUUAAAGCCGCUUUCUGCGCAAGGGAAUGGAGUCUGUAAAAAACCAAUGUUGCUUCGAAAAAUGUUUUACACCACAUAAUCCAGCCGAAAUGAGUACACCAGGUUAUUUGAAAAUGUAAAAACUAUGAAUUAUUUUCAAAGAAACUGCAACUAACUACAGAUCUCGUAAAAUGGAUACGAUAGGAAAGCUGACGACUAUAAGGAAAACUAGAAGAAAAAUUAAGUAAAUUGUAAGAUGCCAUAUCGAGAAGUUAAGCAUCAGUAUAUUUGACAAAUGUCCGCAAAAAUGUCACGACGUACGAGCUUUUACUGUUUAAUUCUGCUGGCGACGUUGUGCGUAUUUUUCAUCGCACUCAAUCAGCGUUAUAGCAGUUACAUCGAGUAUCGCCUUCAACCCAUUCUUUCGGAAGCGGAAUUAAGGUCUCGAUUGAAAUAUCAAGAGCCGUUUUUGGUACCAACAGUCAAAUAUGAUGAUCCAUUUUUGAGCUACAUGAGGGCGAGCUAUAGUAUCGAGAACAUGACGCUUUUGGAGAUCGCAGAGGUAGUCGAGCAGCAGCGCCGUGCGAUCGAGAAGGAAAUGGAGGAUUAUGUUUAUCCGAAUGGCAAAUACGGCGUUUAUGCCAAUAAGUUGGAGGAUUUGGUAAUGGAGAAAAAUGGAAAUCCAGUUCGUAGCGUAAUAGUGACAACUUGGCGAAGUGGCAGUACGUUUCUCGGUGAUAUCCUCAAUUCUCAUCCAGCGAAUUUUUACCAUUAUGAACCACUUUUGCACUUUGGUAUAAUACAGAUAAGAGAAUCGCCGCUAUCCGACGAAGCCUUAGACGAUUUAGAUUCAAUGUUUAAAUGUGAUUAUUCAACUCUAGAACGAUACUUGAGCUUUGGCAAGAAUUCUCAUCCGUGGGUAUUCAAUCACAAUACGCAUCUGUGGAAACAGUGCCAACUUCACAAAAGGAUUUGUUGGGAUCACAGAUUUGUAUCCAAGUUUUGUAAACUAUUUCCAUUUCAGUCGAUGAAAAUUGUUAGAAUUAGGCUGAAGCCUAUGGAAAGGUUUCUAGAACAGAACGAAUUAGGUAUAAGAAUGGUACUUUUAAUACGAGAUCCGCGAGGAGUUUUGCAAUCUCGGAAACACCGACAAUGGUGUCCUACUGAACCAGACUGCUUUGACCCUGCGGCGCUUUGCUCCGACAUGGUCGCUGAUUAUCACGCAGCAGUCACUUUUUCGAAAUUAUAUCCGGACUCAUUUAGAGUAAUUCGCUACGAGGACCUCUCCGUGGAACCGUACGUCAACACUCAGAAGUUGUUUGAAUUUUAUGGUUUAAAUUUCCACGAUAACGUGCGUGAAUUUCUGGAUAGCCACACAAAGAUUGAUAUUGGAGGGCUCUCGUCAACCUUUCGUAAUUCGAAAACUGCUCCAUUUCAUUGGCGCGCUCAAUUGGAUUACGAGGAAGUCGAGGAGAUUCAACAAGAGUGCAAUUUGGCGAUGCGUUUGUGGGGUUACGCGUUUGCUCACAACGCUAGUCAUCAGCGAUACUUCGAUCCAGUUAUCGACUUUAAGCUUCGUAAAAAUGAUGUAUGACCGCCGUUGAUGAUGAUAAUUAUCAGUCUCCAUUUUGGUGAUAGUUUGGUACUUAACGUCGCCGAGGAUGUUGGCAUACCUUUGAUGUACAGACUUCAUUUUUAUUAUCUCGCAUUCACGUACCUGUAAAAUGACACUAUUCCGUUAGCACGUACUUAUAACAUGUAGGUUCAGCAUAAAGUACCAAAAUAUUCAUUUCAGCUAUCAUGAUUAUACACACUUACUUCAUUUGCUCUCUAUUUAAGGAAUUUGUCUUAUAUUUCUAACUUUUUGUAUGAAAAGUCAAUACGUAAUUUUGACAUGUAUAAUAAGAUAUUUAGAUAGCACUUUUAUCGUUCGAUUUGAUAAUACAAAGAAAUGUUUAUUUAAUGCGAAUUUUAUAAUAUAUAUGAUGAAUCAUAUCGCUUCUGUAUCAGACGCGUAGAUUUUUUAAUUGUAUUGGUGUAAAUUUGUACUUUUAUUAAGAUGAAUUGUAGACAGGAUUGUGCCUGAUCAUCAACUGAUAGGUAAUACUUAUUUAUAGGUAAAAUAUUCGUACGUAAUACAUGAGAGUAUCUAUGACAAACGCUUGCUUUAGAAAGAUAAUACAUAUAUUUUCUUCAAGUAUACUUUGUUCGUAAUCUAUUUUAUUAAUUAGAAUCAAAAUGAUCUAAGUCAAUAUUUUAAAACAAAUGAUCUGCUAAUAAUACUUUUUUAACAUUUUUAUUCGUUCAUUCUUAAUGUCAAUAGUAGAAUGUUAACUAAUGUUUGUGUCAUCUUCGAUUUAUUUUACAAUCUUAAGAAUUUUAAAUAUUCCAAACAGUAUUUGUAUCGUUAAGCAUACCAAAUUUUAUUAAAUUCCUUUCUUGCAUAAUAACGCUUCGUCUCAAAGAAUAAAAAAAUAUCGAAUCAUAUUAUUGUAGAAGUCGAUUAUAUGCAAGAGACUGUAAGUAUUUAUGAAAAAUAUGUAGUUAGACAAUUUUAUUUAUUAAAAUAUUUUAUCGGAAGAAUAAAAUCUGAUAAAAUAUACUCUUAGCACAAAGUUAAAUUAAGCAAAUAAUUGAUUCCCAUUAAAUGUUCUUAUAAAUAUUGCCACUGUUUUUUACAUAUAAAACUGAAAACUUUGUAUGCAAGGUGCAACAUGAAACGAUCAAUUCAAUUGUAGUAUCGUAUUUUUAACUAUCAAAUCAUAUUUGUACACACAUGUGACGAUUAAUUCGAUAUAAAAUAUUGUAUAAUUUGUUUACAUACCUAAAAUCAGAUGAAAUAUUUUGUUAAAUACAAAACUUUGAA